AGCAAGUAUAAGUACCGCUUGUCCCUUCACCCAAAGAAUCAUUAUCGGACAGGUUCCUCAAUCACUAACAGGCUAAUAUCUUUUAUUUUCGUCUUCCAGCAUCUCUCACUUUCUUAUUGCAACUUCUACAUAAUCAUAUUCCAUCAAUUUUGAUAAAUUUUAACAACCGCCAUCAUGCAGUACAUUCUCGUCGCCUCUCUCCUCACCUCUGCUGUUUACGCUGCUCCUUACGCUCAGGUUCAGCAGCAGAACCCCAACGCCCAACCGGCAACCACCCCCAACAACCCCACUGGUCAGGGUGCUGGUAUCGCCAACGGUCAAACCCCUACCGCCGGCGAUCUCGCAACGGCCGUCUCCAACUGGAUGGCCGAUACCUCCAUGGUCUCCAACUUCCUCAACAACGGUGCCAGCAUCCAGAACAACGUCCAGUUCAAGCAGGCCGCUACUGUUGCCUACAACGCCGAGGUUGACGAGCUCAACCAAAAGGCCGUCAUCGAUGCUGCCAACAGCGCUGACCCCAACGUCAUUGCUGCCAACAGCACUCUCGCCACUGGCGGUGCUUUCCAGGAUGUCGUCGACAAGCUCCAGCAAAUGUCCGUCCAGGGUAUGGCUGCCGCUGGCAACAUCGACCUGAUCAACCAGAACCGCUGUGUCAACGUUCUCCCCAACAUCGAUGCCUACAUGGCCUCCACCGGCUCUUCCAGCCAGGCUGUCCGCCCUACCGCAUGCAACCAGACUGGUGUCAUCAACGGUGUCCAGGGAACUGGUCCUACCCAGCCCGGCCAGCCUGCAGGUAGUCCUGCGGCUGCUUUCGCUGCUGCCCAGGCUCUUGCACAGGGAACUGGUAACGGUCAGGUUCAGAACGGUGCCACUCCUGGUGCUGCUGCGACCGCUGGCACUGCCGGAACUGCUGGUACUGCUGGUACUGCUGGUACUGCUGGAGCUACCACUCCUCAAGGCCAGGCCACUCCUCAGGGACAGACUCCUCAGCAGGGACAGACUCCUCAGCAGGGACAGACUCCUCAGCAGGGACAGACUCCUCAGCAAGGACAGACUGCCCAGCAAGGACAGACUGCCCAGCAAGGACAACAGACUCCUCAGCAGGGACAGACUGCCCAGCAAGGACAACAGACUGCUCAGCAGGGACAGCAGACCGCCCAACAGGGACAGCAGACUGCUCAGCAGGGACAGCAGACCGCCCAACAGGGACAGCAGACUGCCCAACAGGGACAACAGACUGCUCAGCAAGGACAGGCCGCUCAAGGACAAGCUGGUGCUCAGGGCCAAGCUGCUCAGGGCCAAGCUGGCGCUCAAGGACAGGCUGGUGCUCAGGGUCAAGCUGGUGCUCAAGGACAGGCUGGUGCCCAGGGCCAGGCCGGUGCUCAGGGCCAGGCCGGUGCUCAGGGCCAAGCCGGUAACGGUGCCACCGCAGGCGCCGCUGCCGGUGGCCGCCAGGGCCGUAACUAAGAAGUCCCGGCCCAACCAACAUCUCGAGGUAGGAGAUGAGGCAUGGAACAUCCAAGGUGGAAACAAACAAAAAAGGAGAGUCCAACCGUGCUGUGCAGGUCACAUCGCGUUUUCACUCUCCUUUAGUAUGUAAAUAAGCUUUGUUUUUUUCUGAUUUUUACUAGGGGGAUUGUAAUGGCUGGUGGCGAGUGGAGUAUAUAUAUAUGUCUAUAGCUUUGUAGUUAUUGUCAGUUGUGAGAUGCUGGACAAUGACGAAUAUAAAAGGUAUUAGCCUGCCU